AUGGAGGAGUCCGCGGGGGCCGCGCCGCCGCCCGGCCUGCGCUCGCUCCUGCCGCCCCGGGAGCUGCUCCGCUCCCGCAAGGGCCAGCUGCUGCUCGCCGAGGCGGUGCUGUCAUUUAUCAUCUUUAUCUGCUACAUUGCAUCUCUAGCUGCCUCUUUUAUGAUGGCACCACUCCUAGAGUUUCUGCUGGCACUGUUUCUCUUUUUUGCCUAUGCCUCCAAACUCAAUGAGAAGUUUAAAGGACUCCACUGGCCACUGGCGGAUUUCCUGCGCUGUGUCUCUGCUGCCAUCAUUUACUUUGCCAUUUCCAUUGCUGCUGUCUCCAAGUACAGCGACGGAGCAUCCAAAGCAGCAGGGGUGUUUGGGUUUGUGGCCACCAUCGUGUAUGCCAUUGAUUUCUACCUAACCUUCAAUGACCUGGUGACUUUUCUCAAGCAAGGCAGCUCUGAUGCCCCUGAAGGGCACAAGUCAGAAGAUGAGAACUCUGAUUCUGACUCAGACUGAAGAACCAAAGACCAGCCAAGCAUGAAGGGAAGAU